ACUCAGUCAGCAGAAUGGCAGUAGGUUUAUACACUCGUGCGCACCAGAGGCUCAGCCUUAUUUCAGGUUCUGUGACCUCCACCCGAUCACUGUGGGGAUUCGAACUUUGGUCCAUUGUUCCAAAUCUCCCACCACUCGACCAACUGAGCUACCCGUGCAGCAAACGCCUUCCAGGAUAGAGCAGUUCUUCGUUCCCAACAAGACUCUGACGAACUCAAAGAUGCACAAGGAAGCAAGAGCGGAAGAGGAAGAGUUGUUGAUUUUCGGAUUGUCCAAAAUAGGAGAACAAUUGGGUAUAUAUAGAGCUUUGGCAAUGAUCAUGAGUCUCUAAUGCAAAAGGCACCUUUAGGCACACAGAAUGUUUGACCGGUCAAAGACCCAAACCAG